AUGACAAUGGAAAUUACACCUGAAAGGUUAGAGGAAAUUACAAAAUUGAUUACAAUUUGGUUAGAAAAGGAAACAGCAUCUUUGAAAGAGGUACAACAAUUACUAGGGAAAUUAAAUUUCAUUGGAGCUUGUGUAAAACCCAGUAGAAUAUUUGUUAGUAGGUUACUAAACUGGUUAAGGGAGCUAUAUGAGAGAGAUGCCUUACAGCAAUCUCACAUUCCUUCUGAAGUUAAAAAGGAUUUGCUGUGGUGGAAUGAAUUUCUCUCUUUGUACAAUGGGGUUUCAUUAAUGUCAUUGGGUGAUUGGUCUGAACCUGAUCAAAUAUUUUCUUCAGAUUCAUGCUUAGAGAGUUGUGGUGGAUACUGGGAAGGUAAUUACUUCCAUGUUCAGUUUCCUGUUUAUAUUCUAGAUAAAAAUUUACAUAUAGGGGCAUUAGAAAUGUUAUCCUUAGUGGUAUGUUUGCAUUUAUGGGGAAGUAAUUUCAAACACCGUCGUAUUAUUGUGUUAUGUGACAAUUUGUCUGUUUGCAUUGCAUUGAAUACUGGUAAAGCAAGAUGUUCCUUUUUACAGUCCUGUCUCAGAGAAGUAUGUUUUAUAGCUGCAAUUAAUGAAUUUGAGAUACGAGCCCAACAUAUCCUUACAAGUGAAAACCGCAUAGCUGAUUGUCUUUCCAGGUGGCAUAAGAAUGACAGUUAUCAAAAACAAUUUUUUGCGUUAGUAAAGGAUGAAAAUAUUUCAGAAUGUACUGUUGUUGAUAAUGAUUUUGAGUUCAAAAAUAAUUGGUAA